CCAUACCUACUGUUACGACUGCAUCUUUAGUCGGAUCUGCUAGUGCAACUGCAUCUUCAGUCGAACCUGCUGCUACAACAACUGCACCUUCAGAGGAACCUGCUGCUACAACUGCACCUUCAGAGGAACCUGCUGCUACAACUGCACCUGCUACUACAACCGCACCUUCAGAGGAACCUGCUGCUGCAACUGCACCUGUUACUACAACCGCACCUUCAGAGGAACCUGCUGCUACAACAACUGCGUCUUCAGAGGAACCUGCUGCUACAACUGCAUCUUCAGAGGAACCUGCUGCUGCAACUGCAUCUUCAACCUCGAUUCUGCCCGCUACCCAAACUAUGACAAGUGCUAGCCCAAUUACUACUGAAGAAUGUGACUGCGACAUUGAAAAACUUUAA